CCAAGGCUCGAAAUAGUGCAACGAGGGGUUUGUCAAUUGUCACAAAGAGCGCACAGAAUCAAACUGUGGUGCGAAGAAACUGUUGCCUACUGCCUUGAAACUCACUGCAGCUUCCAAAUCAGAGCCAACAUGGCCUAGAGAAUAUUCGGCUCCCCGGUGACCCGGAAAUCCCUAGGCGAGUGCUUGUUCUUCCGUACGGGAGCGCACCAAAUGAUGUUCGCAAAGUCCCGUCGAGAGCACUGGCCUGUUACUACGGCAGGAGGGCUUGUGAAACACCCUCGAGCCUUUCGGAUCUGGAAGGUAUGCUGUAACUCGAAAAUGGGUUCAGAACCAACGCUAAAACCUCGGUCCCUUGUGGAGCACGCGCCGGAUAUGCGGUCGUGCCUGUAGCAUGUCGAGCGCUGAAGCAAGUAUUAUCGAACUUGGAGCUCAACUUCAAUUACACCAUCCUUCACAGGUUUAAGAAGUAAGGAAGGAUGGCUUCGGAUUUGCAAGAGCAAAAGAAGGCGCAGGCACUGGCCUAUGAUUAUGAGGGGGACUCUAAAUGGAUCGAGUAUUGGGCCAAUGUUUUGAUGCCGGAAGAUAUGGCUGCCAAGCCUGAAGUUCGUCGUCACUACCAGCUGAAAUACUACCAGCGGCAUAUUGAUCCCGAACUGAAAUUGGAGGGCCUCUCAAUAAAGAAGAAACCCUCUACCUCAACACGUGCAGAGCCGGAACGCCCGGUUCAUCAAGGGACCAGUCGGCCUAGAUCGCAGCCUACUCCAACUCCUGCAGCAAGUGGACCUCUUAGGUUGGAUCGUCAAACCAUCCAAUUUUUGGCCAAUGCCUGGGUGCUAAUCAUGGCAAUUCUGGCUCUGUUCCCCUUCUUACCGCGAGGACUUGGUGAUCGUGCCUAUCGCUUCACGUUGUGGGGAACAGCUGUAGCUUGUGGUCAUUCUCUGUACAGUGCCUACGGGGCCCCUCGAUCCUGGAAUUGGCAAGGCCUUCAAGCAUGGUUGCAGUCUAUAAUCAUGGGAGCUGAUUUUCUCCACCUUCUGUACUGCAUAGCUUUCGCUUCUUCCUUCUCGCCAAUUAAGUAUGCGGUCGUGCCAGUAGCAUGUCGAGCGCUAGAGCAAGUAGUACCCUACUUGAAGCGCAACUUCAACAACACCACACUUUACAGAAAAUUUUUGGCGAAGCCAUGUGCCUUGGUGGAGGCGAACACCGUAGCUAUACGUAGCCUCAGUGCCAACGUUGAAGUUGGAUUAGGUUUUCUCUUGAUCUUCAUGGUCGUUACUCCGCAACGAAAUCUUGUGCAGACGCUAGUCUACUGGCAGUUACUAAAGCUGAAGUAUCAAUCUCCGACCAGUUCAACAUAUCAUCGCAAUGCAUGGACAAAACUCAGUGCGCGGGUUAUGCCUCUUAUUCAUCGAUUUGCUCCGUUUUUACAGACCCCAAUUGGGUAUGCUAAAAGUUGGUUCCUUCGCACAGGGUAGGAAUACAUCCAGAUGUGUUUUUUAGUUGCCGCUUGUAACAAAGCAAUUUUCAGGACAGCUACGACCAGAUGUUAUGAAUAGCAGUAUCAAACCAGUAUACUGGGGCGGCGUGGGUCCUUCGAGGACGAUUUUCCAGAUUUUGAGGCCAACAUAGGAAAAGAGAAAGCAAAGUGCCAUGUCCUUCCGCUCACGUCUUCUGACACUGUAAACAUCUUGCACUGCCCUCCUUUGUUAGGCCGGUCAGUACGGAUGCUUGCAAGAGCGAUCAAGUUUAGUUCUUGCUGGUUCGUUAAAGGCUCUGAUUCGAAGCUACCUCUGUGUGUAAUAGCGUGAAGCAAUGUGACAUAUUCUCGUGGAAGUGCUAUCUGUUCAACUUCUCCG